UCCAGAGUCAUUUUAGCGUCGAAACUCCAAAACCCUGAUUCCUCUCGCAUAGAGCCAUCCGCCUCCGCCACAAUGGAAGAAGUUUGCGAAGGCAAAGACUUCUCCUUCCCUAAACGCGAGGAGGAAAUCCUCCGUCUCUGGACGGAGAUCAAGGCCUUCGAGACUCAGCUCGAACGGACCAAAGACUCGCCGGAGUACGUCUUCUACGACGGUCCGCCGUUCGCCACCGGACUCCCUCACUACGGCCACAUCCUCGCCGGCACCAUCAAGGACAUCGUCACCCGGUACCAGUCCAUGAACGGCUUCCACGUCACUCGCCGCUUCGGCUGGGACUGCCAUGGCUUGCCAGUCGAGAACGAGAUCGAUCGCCGGCUCAAUCUUAAGAAACGCGACGACGUUUUGAAGCUAGGGAUUGAUAAGUACAACGAGGAGUGCCGAAGCAUUGUCACCAGGUAUGUGGAGGAGUGGGAGAAGAUAGUGUGGAGGACAGGGCGGUGGAUCGACUUCAAAAACGGGUACAAGACCAUGGACUUGAGCUUCAUGGAGAGUGUGUGGUGGGUCUUUGCCCAACUUUAUGAAAAAGAUCUUGUUUAUAAGGGUUUCAAGGUCAUGCCAUACAGCACUGGUUGCAAGACACCUCUAUCUAAUUUUGAAGCCGGUCAAGAAUAUAGGGAUGUCCCUGACCCUGAAAUAAUGGUGACGUUUCCAGUAAUUGGUGAUCCACACAAGGUGGCUUUUGUGGCUUGGACGACAACUCCAUGGACCCUUCCUAGUAAUCUUGCCCUUUGUGUCAAUGCCAAUUUUGUCUAUGUGAAGGUUCGCAACAAGUACUCUGGAAAAGUAUAUGUGGUUGCUGAAUCUCGUUUGUCAGCACUUCCUAGUGAGAAACGCAAACCAAAUGUUGCUAAUGGAUCUACUGAUGACUCCAAAAAAGCCAAUCCGAAGACCAAGGGAUCUUCAACUGGUAAAACUGGAGAUGCUUUGGAUCAUUUUGAAGUGUUGGAGAAAGUCUCAGGGGCUUCAUUGGUGGGAUUGAAGUAUGAACCACUUUUUGAUUAUUUUAAGGAGUACUCUGACUCUGCAUUUAAAGUUAUUGCGGACAAUUAUGUCACCGAUGACAGUGGUACUGGAAUUGUGCAUUGUGCGCCUGCAUUUGGUGAAGAUGAUUAUCGUGUGUGCAUUGAAAAUCAAGUGAUAAUCAAGGGUGAGAACUUAAUUGUGGCAGUUGAUGAUGAUGGCUGCUUUACUACAAAAAUUUCUGAGUUCAGUGGGCAGUACGUGAAAGAUGCAGAUAAGGAUAUUAUUGAAGCAAUUAAGGGAAAAGGUCGGCUUGUUAAGUUAGGAAGCUUUAUGCAUUCAUAUCCCUUUUGCCCGAGAUCAAAAACUCCUCUGAUUUAUCGAGCUGUUCCAAGCUGGUUUAUUAAAGUAGAAACAUUGAAAGAGAAAUUGCUUAGAAACAACAAGGAGACUUACUGGGUUCCAGAUUUUGUGAAGGAAAAACGGUUUCAAAAUUGGCUGGAAAAUGCAAGAGACUGGGCAGUUAGUAGAAGUAGAUUUUGGGGUACUCCUCUUCCUAUUUGGAUUAGUGAAGAUGGUGAGGAAGUAGAAGUCAUGGAUUCCAUUGAGAAACUUGAAAAGCUUUCUGGUGUUAAGGCGGAUGAUCUGCACCGUCACAAGAUUGAUCAUAUCACCAUUCCUUCUAAGCGUGGUCCUGAAUAUGGCGUGCUUCGACGAGUGGAUGAUGUGUUUGAUUGUUGGUUUGAGAGUGGGUCCAUGCCUUAUGCUUAUAUCCACUAUCCCUUUGAAAAUGUUGAACUCUUUGAGAACAACUUUCCUGGGCAUUUUGUGGCUGAAGGACUGGAUCAAACUCGUGGAUGGUUCUAUACUCUCAUGGUGUUAUCUACUGCAUUAUUUGAUAAACCAGCAUUUAGGAACCUCAUUUGCAAUGGACUUGUCCUGGCAGAAGAUGGAAAGAAGAUGAGUAAAAGUUUGAGAAACUAUCCUUCACCACUGGAAGUCAUUGAUAACUAUGGGGCUGAUGCGUUACGAUUGUACAUCAUAAACUCCCCAGUGGUGCGUGCGGAGCCCUUACGUUUCAAAAAGGAAGGGGUUCAUGGUGUUGUUAGGGAUGUUUUCCUUCCUUGGUACAAUGCAUAUAGAUUCCUUGUUCAGAAUGCAAAGAGACUUGAGGUUGAGGGGCUUGCACCAUUCAUUCCUAUUGAUCAAGCCACUCUUCAAAAUUCAUCUAAUGUGCUUGACCAGUGGAUCAACUCAGCGACACAGUCUCUUAUUUAUUUUUUCCGCCAAGAAAUGGAUGGUUAUCGCCUUUACACGGUGGUUCCAUAUCUCUUGAAGUUUCUUGACAACCUUACAAACAUAUAUGUCCGGUUCAACCGUAAGAGACUUAAAGGUCGUACUGGAGAAGAAGAUUGUAGGAUGGCACUUUCAACUCUUUAUAAUGUCCUUCUAGUUUCAUGUAAAGUGAUGGCACCAUUCACACCAUUCUUCACUGAAGUUCUAUAUCAAAAUCUUCGAAAAGUUACCAAUGGGUCAGAGGAAAGUAUUCAUUACUGCAGAUUUCCUCAAGAAGAAGGGAAGAGGGGUGAACGAAUUGAACAAAGUGUUGUGAGGAUGAUGACUAUUAUUGAUCUUGCCCGCAACAUUCGUGAGCGUCACAACAAACCUCUUAAAGCACCACUAAGGGAGAUGGUAGUAGUUCACCCUGAUGCAGACUUUCUUGAUGACAUAGCUGGAAAGUUAAGAGAGUAUGUGCUAGAAGAACUUAAUGUGCGUUCUCUUGUACCAUGCAAUGAUACCUUGAAGUAUGCUUCUUUACGUGCCGAACCUGAUUUUAGUGUAUUAGGUAAGCGGCUUGGAAAAUCUAUGGGAUUAGUUGCCAAGGAAGUCAAAGCCAUGUCACAGGAAAAUAUUUUAGCCUUUGAAAAAGCCGGGGAAGUUAUUAUUGCUGGUCAUUGUUUGAAGCUAACUGAUAUUAAGGUUGUUCGGGAUUUCAAACGUCCUGAUGGAAUGACAGAGUCGGAGAUUGAUGCGGCUGGAGAUGGUGAUGUUUUAGUGAUUUUGGAUUUACAUGCGGAUGAGUCAUUGUUUGAGGCUGGUGUUGCUCGUGAGAUUGUGAAUAGAAUUCAGAAGUUACGGAAGAAAGCUGCAUUGGAACCUACUGACAUAGUUGAGGUUUACUUCAACUCAUUGGAUGAAGAUAAAUCACUCUCUGAGCGAGUUUUGAAUUCACAGGAUUCCUACAUUGCAGAUGCGAUUGGUUCCCAUUUGCUUCCUUCUGCCGUGAAGCCAUCACAUGCGGUCAUUAUUUGUGAGGAGAGUUUCCAUGGGAUUUCUGGAAUGUCAUUUGUCAUCAGCUUGACAAGGCCUACACUAAUGUUCAAUUUAGAUGCAAUUCAUAGACUAAAUGCAGGAAAUUCAAAAUUUGCUCAAGGUCUUGAGACUUAUUUGCUAUCUAGGGAUCAUACAAAUUUGAAGUCUGAGUUUCAACUUGGAAAUGGAAAGAUUACAGUCGAUUGCAUUGAAAAUCUGCCUCCUGUUGAUUUGGUAUUGGGUGAACACCUUUUCUUGUCAGUUGGAGAUUAUUUUUCUAGGACAAAGAAAUCUGAGUGACUUGAUUCACAUUGAACGGUCCUUUUUAUUUCCUCUUAUUUUUUCUCCUUGUACUACGCUUUUUUGCCCAGGAAAAAAUUGAGGUCACCUGCAGGCAGUUAAAAUUAUCAUUUUUUUUGUUGUACAUACACUACAUGUAUUAAAGGAAAUUAAUGCCAGUUGGUCUUAUGCUUUGUUUCAAUCA